GGCAGGGCAAGGAAGGAAGCGAGGUUGGGCGUCUUCAUAUUGGAACGUGUCCCAUAGACGGAACCGCACCUUUUACUCGGAGUUUCUUGCUCCUCCUCUGUAGUGACUGGUCACUCAACUCGGACAGAGAUGUUGUCUGCUAUCCGGUCUCAUCUUCUUCCACUUUUCAAGCUCUACCUGCUUGGUUUGAAGGUUCUGCUGGUUCAGCUGGUCAGCAGACCUUUCAGGUUGCCAGUGAUGCCCAGACAAGAUGGCAAGGUUGCCAUAGUGACAGGAGGAGGCAGGGGAAUCGGCUAUGAGGUAGUCCGCCACAUGGCCAGACUGGGGGCGCAUGUUAUCAUAGGUGGGAGGGAUGAGCACGAGGGUCUGGCAGCCGUCAGAAGGAUCUGUGAAGAGUACAAAGAAGCCAAAGUGGAGUUCAAGAAACUGGACCUAGCCUCUUUGCAGUCUGUCCAUCAAUUUGUCCAAAGCUUUAAGGAGCGGCACCUGCCGCUAAACAUUCUGGUCAAUAAUGCGGGUGUCAUGCUGGUUCCUGAGGGCCAUACUAAAGAUGGAUUUGAGCAGCACUUUGGGGUGAACUACCUAGGCCACUUCUUGUUGACCUGGCUACUCCUGGAGACACUGAAGGAUUCUGGGAAAUCUGGUCAAUUCUCUCGUGUGGUCAAUGUCUCCUCCUCUGCCCACCGCAUCGGCAAGAUCAGACUAAAUGAUUUAAAUAGCUACCAGUGUUAUUCAUCCCAUGCUGCUUAUUGUCACAGUAAGCUGGCCCAGCUGUUAUUUAGCUCCCAUCUCCACCAGGAGAUGCAGCAUGGAGGUUUCCCAGUGAGUUCAUGUGCUGUGGAUCCUGGCAUGGUGGAUACUGCCUUGUACCGCCACCUCUGGACGCCCCUCCGCCUGGCACAGAGGACCAUUGCUCACCUGCUUUUGAGGACCCCUGCAGAGGGCGCUGCCACUGUGCUUUAUGCCGCCCUAUCACCGGCCCUGGAGGGGGAGUGUGGAGGGGGCUACUGGGCUAAUGGGUGCAGGGAGAUGACAACAGCGCUGACCUCUGAACCCCAGCUGCAGCUGAGCCUAUGGCAGACCAGCCUCCAGUUAGUGGGCCUGCAAUAGCAUGGGACUAAAGGUCAACCAACAGGACUUAACCCUGAAGAAAACAUCAGAUACAGACCCUUAACUCGGGCCAACCAGCCACCUUCCUUCUCCUCCUCCCUUUUUUCUCAAUAUUUUUUCUCCGUCCAUACCUCACAUCAAGGUGUUUGUAGCGAUUUAUGGUGACAAUCUCACAAUCCACCAUUGGACUGUGAUUGAUUAUUUGGGAAGCAAACUCUUCCUUUUUAUUCCAGACCCGCCAAAGAAGGGCUAUGGGGGACGGAAGACAUUUUUUUGUUUUUCACUGUGAGCAAGCCAACGUACAAACAUGUAUAAACGCACUCUAGGGUUAUAUCGACAUAUGAUUUUGCUGUCAUAGAUACUGGACAGUUGCUGAAAUCAGUUGUUUAUUCCCUGAUCUAACCUCAGAUGUCUAGCCGGAGAAAUUGUUCCACAGUGUCGUAUUCAAAAACUUGCUAUGACACCUGCCCCACUCUGCCUUAAUGUCAUUAGUCUGACUUUCAAUAAAGAGUUUCACUCUCUACGAUAAACUGAAUGCCGUUUCAGAGGCUUUUACUUACAAAUUUAACAUUCGAGGCACACAUUAAAGUGCUUUUUGGGCAUGGAAAUAGUUCAACUGAGAAGCUGAAUUUCGGCACAGUAUACUGGCUACAAAAUCAAAAUGUCGGUCAAACCCUAGCACACAUAUACGCAUUCAUGCACCAUGACAAUGAUCAGAUUCUUCAAAUCUGAACCCGCCUUGUUGUACGGGGGAAUGUGAAGUCAUCACUUUGCUUUGACACAUCAUGAUGAUUUUUCAGAUCGUCUUGCCAUCCCGCCCGUUUUACUAGGAGCACCUUGUUCUUUUGGUACAUUCUUGUGCUUUUACUGGUUACUACUCUACUGAACCCAAAUGUUAACUGCUGGUCUUAGUCGUGUGAUAAGCGGUGUUUAAAAAAGGUGAUUUCUGCUGCUCUCAUGAAGAUGCUGGCAAAAUGUCACCAACUCCUCUGUCCUCUCUCUCUCCACCACUCAGCAAUCCAAAAAAAGACAUUCCUGUGGACUGAAGGGUGGAUGUGGGAAGACACUGAGAAAGAGAAGAGACCCUAUGUAAAAGUAGGGCCAAAUUUGAAUUGAUUCCCCCUAUAGACUUGAGAGUGAUGAGACAUUUGAUUUUGUUCCGCGGAAUUUUCCUGCUGUUGUCAUUUUCUGAAGCCAGGAUUUCUAAACGUUUCUGUUUGCUUUUGUCUGCUCAGAAACAAAAAGGGACGGAUGGGGAACAAAGCUCCUCGUCAAUCUGUCCUGGUUUUCCUUUGUGAUCUGUGUAAAUUGGUUUUACUGUACCUGUGAUACAUGUGUGUGCAGUGAGUGAAGCAUUAACUCAUGCUAUAGACCCAAUUCAUGUUGAUGGAUAGCACAACAAUGGCCAGUCCAGGAGGAACAGCGACAGAAAGGAGUGAGAGAGGGAAAACACUUAUUUUUCAGCAUUCAGACCGUGAUUGGUUCCUCGUUGCUGCUGCUGCUGCUGCUUCCUCAUUUGGCGCUGCUCCCAGUGCAUUGUGGGAUUGAGAUUUCCCAAUGGUGAGAAUCAAACUCCAUCUGCUGAGCUGACACACACUCACUCUCAAACAUUGGAAGCAGUACAUCCAGGCACAGGCUUAUCUAAGCAAGCACACAGCAAACAAACACGUCUGUGUCUCAUGCAGGAAGAUACCCACAUACAAACACACACACACACACAAAAAAACAGAGCCAUAACGCCAUUGCCACUGUGAUUAACCAUGUUAGCUGUGAAGAUGAAAAGUUUUAUCUCAACUUAAGAAGUUCUGGCUAAAAAUCCUUCCCCACAUGCCAUCCCACUGCUGUAUGUGUAUAACAUUGCUUUGAAUGCUGCCACCGAGCAUCCAGCAUUCAUUAUUAUCUGCUGUAUGUGAAGCAGUAGUAUCACUGUGGUACUGUAGCUAAUUCAGCCAGUAGCACAGGGCCAGACAUGCAGACUAGGAAAAGAGCCCAAGACUGUGAAAGUGUAUAAUCGAAAAAGAAACCAGCUUCAGUAUAUCAGAAAUUCAAAAUUUCGUUGUCUACAUGUGUAAAAACAUUAAUGUAGACAUCUUCACUGUGCUUUGUUUUGAACAUUUACAUUUAAAGUUGUAAUUUAAAAAAAAAGCACACUCUUUCUCAAGCAGUUUGAAGAUGUGUCCCAGUUCAGGAGCUGGAUCCUCUGAAGGAUGCAGCAAACAAAAGUCAGUUCCUCAGAGGAUCUAUAGGUCAGGCUGAACCUGCUCAUCCCCCCUUACGAGACCACGGCCUAUACUUACAUAAAUUUAAAAAAUAAAUAAAUAAAUUUAAAAAUAGUUCAGGCCCUUCUUGUCCACUCAUAAAGUCAAAUAUUUGCAAGUCUCUGACAGGAUGUUGCCAUCAGUCAACAAAGUUUGGAGGAUGAACUGGGACAUUCAACAACACAGUUAAAAGCAAGCCAAUGAUGGACCAGGCUGGUAAAUGGUAAAUGUCCGGCUUCCUUUAUUAACAACCUGUUGUUGGUCUGGUUCAUGUGAUAUGUUAAGAAGGGGUAGCUUACCUUAGCAAAUGGACCUGGUAAAUAUAAAGCGAUCAUUUGAAUUUACAAGUUGACAAAGAUUGUCUUAAUAAUCCAUUUAACAGCCAACCAUGACAUAAUGGACUGUGGGAUGACCCCCAAGGUGG